AUGUCAAUCAUUCCGUACAACCCGAACAACGAUGUUUUGUACCACAACCCUGACGAUGGGGUUCUCAUUCUUCAUGAUACUGAACAGAAUUCAAUUCAGUUGCUAUCCACACUAGAUGUAGGUAACAAUGGAUCCCGGUUCAAUGCAAGGUCAUCGUCAAGUAGGUUUGAUAACAACGGGUUUCCUUCUUUCGCUGACGAUGCUGAUAUUCGAAAGUGUCCAAGUUGUGGAUUUACAUGGAACGAGUUUGAGAGUAAGAAUUCAAGACGAAGAAGUUCUGUGGGAGCACCUGCCAUUUCCGACACAAGUAAGAUUCAUGAGUUCGCGAGAGCGUAUCCCAAGCCUUAUAUGCGAACCGACUAUUUCAAAUUAUUGGCUUCGAUGCCCCAUUCCGAGGAGGCAAAACAGAAAGCCAACACUAAAGGCAUCCCUUCUGGAAUCUUCAAUCAAGGGUACUUCAGUCGAUUUUUCAGAAAAGUUGGUCACAAUCCGUUGGGAUCUGGUGCUCGAGCACAAGUUUACAAGGUUGAGCAUGUUUUCAAUGAUAUCGCUUUGGGAACCUACGCUGUGAAGAGAAUAAGUAUUGGUGAUAAAUUUGAACAUUUAGAGCAAGUCUUAAAUGAAGUGUUGAUACUAUAUGAGCUAUCCGCAAAGAGUGCUGGAGAAAACAAUUUGAUUAGGUACAAUCAUGUGUGGUUGGAAUUGGGAGAGUUGGAAGACCUGAGUUCGUUUUUUCUACACACUGGCUGUUCGGAUCCAAGGGGUAGUGGAAAGGUUCCUUACAUGUUUAUAUUACAACAGUAUUGUGAUGGAGGUCAUCUCGAAGGAAUCAUUGAAAAGAAUUUUCCAAUCGAGGAAAGUAUGAGCUAUUCUGAAAAAGUUAAAUUGGAGAAGAAGCGAAGAAAGCUUCAAAGGUUGGGAAAAGAGGAUGACGAGAAGCCCAAAUGGCUUACCAUUUUUGAAAUUUGGAAAUUUUUUCACGACAUCGCUAAUGGAGUGAAUUAUUUGCACAAGAAUGGUAUCUUACAUCGUGACUUGAAACCAUCGAACUGUUUGGCUGAGGAGCAAUACGCUGCCAUUGAUGUGCCAAAGUCAUUUGAAUCAAUCGAUCAAUUUGAAGAAAAGAUGUUCGAAUUGCCGAAAAUUCUAGUUUCUGAUUUUGGUGAAGGUAAAUUUACAGAAAAACACAAAAAUACGAGGUCAAGGAAAGCAAGUAAGAGGGAAGGCAACACUGGUACUUUGGAAUUCACAGCACCGGAGUUAUGGCAAUGUUCGAGUGAUAGUAGACUCAUUAAUGAGUUUUCAUACGACAGUGACAUCUACUCUUUGGGCUUAAUACUUUGUUAUUUGUGCCUUGGCACCUUACCCUUUGCAGACUCACUCAGGGGCGAAACGGAUCCAGAAGUCUGCAGAGAAAUCAUACAAGAUUGGUACAAAACUCUCUCGCGCGAAUCAUUUGGAUCUUGGUUUGAAGAGAUUUUGCAGAAGCGAAAGAGAACCAUGGAUGGUUGCAUGUCUGAUUUUAGAGCCUUGAUAUAUAAGAUGAUCAAGAGUGAUUCUGGUGAAGAAAUCACUAGAAUAAACUCCAAGGAGGUUCUUGUGUGCUUGAAUGAAAUAAAGUGGAAAUGGCUCAUCAAAUCACCUGAAGUUAUUGGAGAUGAGGCAAACAGGCGAAAUUACUCGCUUUCGGCUGAGGAAAAGCUAACAUUGUACCUGCCAAGGAAGACGAAGGCUCCAUUUGCGAAUGAAGAUUUAUUUGAGGUGGAAGAAGAUGAAGACCUAGAUUUCGAAAAGGAAAAUGAGACUGAUCAUUUGAAUUUGACAGAAGAGGAAUUUGAGCCUCAUCAAGCUACGUUGCUCCCUUAUGAUCAUGUACGGAAAAGAAGUGGCUUUUCUCUAGGACGUCGUACAACGUUACCACUCUACAGUCUCGAGCUUUUGCUAUUGGAGUAUUUGUCACUAUAUUCACCUCACUUUUCUCAAGUUAUCUUGAAGGUUGCCAUAUAUGUCACAAUCACAUUGGAUCUCGUUUUGGAAGAGUAUAAUGUCAUAAGAUCCAGUUUGUUUGUGUUGGUUUUUGUUUCCCUAUGCAUAGUCUUGGCAUAUUCCAUGGGCUUUGAGCGUGAAUAA